CAACUCUAGCACAUCACGCGGGACUAGAAGGAAUCAGUAGCUUUUGCUUGCCGGAGGAAAAGCAUGCCUGAGAUCUCUGUUUGCCUGUAGGCUUUAUUUGGAUUUUCUUUCACCAAUGGGUAGUGUGUCGUCUGAGGAUGGUUUUGAUCAGCAGAGCGAACGGUUUGGGAGUUAUAGUUUGAGUGCUGACGUCAGUGAGUCGGAGAGUUCGAGUAGUUUCUCUUGUCGGCGCUACGAUGGUGAGGGAGCUUCAAGUUCUCUCGCGUCUUCUCCCCUUGCCGGACGUCCGCUAACGGUUAAUUCAGGUUUUCCGGCGCCGCCUUUGAUGUUACCCGUCAUCGGUGGGAGAGACGUUGUGGUUUCGGAUGAGAAGCCGGAAAAACCGGAGACAGAAUUGUCUGAAGUUGAGAUGAUGAAGGAGCGAUUCGCUAAGCUUCUGCUUGGAGAAGACAUGUCGGGUGGGGGUAAGGGAGUAUGUACUGCUUUGGCAAUUUCCAAUGCCAUUACUAAUUUAUCUGCUACAGUUUUUGGGGAGCUAUGGAGGCUGGAGCCAUUGGCGCCGCAGAAGAAGGCAAUGUGGUGCAGAGAGAUGGAAUGGCUUUUAAGCGUGAGCGAUUCGAUUGUGGAACUCAUUCCUUCGUUGCAAGAAUUUCCUGGUGGUGGGACAUUCGAGGUCAUGGUUACUCGACCGCGCUCUGAUCUCUACAUAAACCUUCCAGCCCUUAAGAAGCUUGAUGCCAUGUUGCUAAGCAUCCUUGAUGGCUUCCGCGAUACUGAGUUUUGGUACGUGGAUCGAGGGAUAAUUGUGGCUGAAGCUGGUGAUGGUGAUGCGUAUCCUUCUUCUUCCUCUCUCGGGAGACCUUCUAUUAGGCAGGAAGAGAAGUGGUGGCUCCCCUGCCCCAAGGUUCCCCCCAAUGGUUUGUCUGAAGAUUCAAGAAAGAGAUUGCAGCAAUGUAGGGAUUGUGGAAAUCAGAUCCUUAAGGCAGCCAUGGCAAUCAAUAGUAGUGUCCUUGCCGAGAUGGAAAUUCCGAAUGCUUACUUAGAGACUUUACCGAAGAGUGGAAAAGCUUGUUUGGGUGAAAUCAUCUACCGCUAUAUAACUGCGAACCAGUUCUCCACAGAGUGUCUUCUUGAUUGCUUAGACCUGUCUUCGGAGCACCACACUUCGGAGGUAGCAAACAGGAUUGAGGCUGCAGUGCAUGUUUGGAGGCUGAAAGGCCAGAAAAAACGUUCAAAUCAUGCAAAAUCUGGCCGGUCGUCAUGGGGUGGAAAAGUUAAGGGUCUCAUCGGGGAGAUGGAAAAGAGUCAGAUUUUAGCACAACGUGCUGAGACUCUCUUACAGAGCUUGAGGACACGGUAUCCUGGCCUCCCUCAGACUGCUCUGGAUAUGAACAAGAUCCAAUACAACAAGGAUGUGGGGCAGUCAAUCCUUGAGAGCUACUCAAGGGUGAUGGAGAGCUUAGCCUUUAACAUAAUGGCGAGGAUUGAUGAUCUCCUUUAUGUGGAUGAUGCUAUCAGGCAAUGUGCUGUGGCGGAGUCAAUGUCUUUGUUUGGACGGGGAGGAUUGGGUGGUCUUCCCAUACAGAAGCGGAUUUCCCCUAGCCCCUUCUCUAUUCAACGAUCGUCUUACGCAUCUCCAUUUGCCACACCAACCUUCAAUGCCACUCCAGUAGUUGGAAGUCCUGGGAGGGGAAAUCCCUCAUCAAGGAAGAAGAAUCACAAGGGAUUGCAGGAUUCAAAGUUAGAUAAAUCUGCAGAUGUAGAUAGAAUUUGGUCAUAUGCUGGAAACCUCAGUAGUAGAAAAGAUGCCGGAGAUGCUCCGGAACGGGACUGACAUAAGAUGCUAACCCAUUGUCACCAGGUUUGAUCUGAAGAGUGGUUCUGCUGAGCAAGUGGAAUGUAAGGUUGGUGGCUUCCCUCCUGUAUAUUCUUUAGAAAUAGAAUUAACAUAUUCAAAUUCUAAUCUUGUUUAUUUCUCAGGUCCUAGGUGAAGUGAUGGAGGGAUAAUGUUAACCCAUGUUUAUUACUGAAGCAGGUGCUUUGCUUAACUGACAAAAAGGUAGCAGUACUUUAGCCCUCUAGUGAGGGUUUUAAAUGUCCA